GUAGUGUUAUACACAUUGUUCAGUGGGCUUAGUAGCGGCCAGCUAAUUCCCUCAGACAUCGACUUCACACCAACCAAACACUCUCACUUCUCACUUCUCACUAACAGUAACCAAGCACCGUCAUUUAUAUAAAGGGCCACUCCUUCUCUACCCUUCACCAUAAUCUACACCUUCUCUCAUAACAAACACACACAUAUCGUAAUGGACUACGGAAGACUUGGUCCCUCUCAGCCCAUCAAUCCAAGAUCUUCCGGUAAGAAGAAGAUUGCCUUGCUGUCACUCUUUGGAGUCAUAUUAAUCGCUGCAUCGGCGGUUACGGCCUUUGCGCUACUCUCUCCAACCGGUACAAAAGCGGAUGGUUCAAGGCUUCGUCGCAAGCCUACACAGGCCAUUUCACGCACGUGCAGCAAAACACGAUUUCAGACAGUGUGCGUCAAUUCGCUGCUGGACUUUCCCGGAUCCCAGGCUGCAUCCGAGAAUGACCUGCUUCACAUUUCCUUCAACGUCACGCUGCAGCACUUCUCCAGGGCGCUCUACACUUCCGCCGCAAUUUCCUACGCCACCAUGGAUCCACGCGUCCGCGCCGCCUACGACGACUGCCUCGAACUCCUCGACGAUUCCGUCGACGCGCUUGCGCGCUCCCUCAGCACCGUCUCCCUCGGUGCCGUUGGCUCCGCCAACGAAGACGUCCUCACCUGGCUCAGCGCCGCCCUCACCAACCAGGACACCUGCGCGGAGGGCUUUGCCGACGCCGCCGGUCCGGUGAAGGACCAGAUGAGUAACAACCUCAAGGACUUGUCGGAGCUCGUCAGCAAUUGCCUCGCCAUUUUCUCGGCAGCGGCCAACGGCGACGACUUCUCGGGCGUUCCCAUUCAGAACAGGAGACGGUUGAUGACAAUGCGAGCCGAUAAUUUCCCGAGAUGGUUGAAUCGACGAGAUAGGAGAUUGUUGAACUUGCCUCUGUCGGCGAUACAAGCCGAUGUCGUGGUUUCCAAGGACGGUAACGGAACCGUUAAGACCAUCGCCGAAGCCAUUAAGAAGGUCCCGGAAUACAGUUCACGCCGCUUCAUUAUCUACGUCAGGGCAGGAAGGUAUGAAGAGGAGAAUUUAAAGGUGGGGAGGAAGAAAACAAAUGUGAUGUUCGUAGGGGACGGUAAGGGGAACACCGUCAUCACAGGAGGGAAAAAUUAUUAUAACAACCUCACCACAUUUCACACGGCAUCCUUCGCUGCUAGUGGUUCUGGUUUCAUCGCCAAGGACAUCACAUUCGAGAACUACGCCGGACCAGAGAAUCACCAAGCUGUGGCUCUCCGUAUCGGAGCGGAUCACGCGGUGGUGUACCGCUGCAACGUCAUCGGAUACCAGGACACAAUGUAUGUCCAUUCCAACCGUCAAUUUUUCCGCGAAUGCGACAUUUACGGAACCGUCGACUUCAUAUUCGGCAAUGCUGCCGUGGUGUUCCAGAACUGCAGUCUCUGGGCCCGCAAGCCAAUGGCCCAACAGAAGAACACCAUCACGGCCCAGAAUCGCAAAGACCCGAAUCAGAACACGGGCAUUUCCAUCCACAACUGUCGGAUCCUUGCCACAUCGGAUCUAGAAGCAUCCAAGGGUAGUUUUUCCACUUAUCUCGGUCGUCCGUGGAAACUUUAUGCCAGAACCGUCUACAUGAUAUCCUACAUAGGGGAUCACGUGCACCCACGUGGGUGGCUGGAGUGGAACACGUCCUCGUUUGCUUUGGACACGUUAUACUAUGGUGAAUACAUGAAUUCUGGGCCGGGUGCAGCCUUGGGGCAACGCGUGAAAUGGGUCGGAUAUCGGGCCAUCAAUUCCUCCGCUGAAGCUUCUAAAUUCACGGUAGGGCAAUUCAUAUCAGGCUCAUCGUGGUUGCCGUCUACCGGAGUUUCAUUCGUAGCUGGGUUAUCAACUUGAAAAAUUGUUCCACUACCAACUCAGACACCUUCCAUUAUUGGUUCACAGCUUAAACCAAAUCAAUUUGCCAAUAUAAUUUUAGAUCUUUUAUUGGUAACUGUACUAAAGUCCAAUAUAGUUUUUAUUUUUUUAAUCCAAUGAUAAUAAUAAAAAUAUAUUGUAAAGAGUGUUUUAAUGUGAUAUUUUUGUUCC